UAAAUUAUUCUUUAUGAUUUUUAGUUGAGAGUCUUUUGUAAGGAUGGCAGCGGUUGAUCUUUCUCUCAUUUCUCUAGUCACCCACAAAAGCUGUAUAUAAUGCCAGACAUUGGAAUCAUCCAGAUUCAGAAGAACUGCCUGGGCCACCAGUAGUAAACCUCAGAGUGUCACAGUGAGGCUGUCUUCAAAGGAACCAAAUCAAAAAGAUGAUGGAGUUUUUAAGGCUCCUGCACCACCAUCCAAAGUGAUAAAAACUGUGACAAUACCUACUCAGCCCUACCAAGAUAUAGUUACUGCACUGAAAUGCAGACGAGAAGACAAAGAAUUAUAUACUGUUGUUCAGCACGUGAAGCACUUCAACGAUGUCGUAGAAUUUGGUGAAAAUCAAGAGUUCACUGAUGACAUUGAGUACUUGUUAAGUGGCUUAAAGAGCACUCAGCCUCUAAACACACGUUGCCUUAGUGUUAUUAGCUUGGCUACUAAAUGUGCCAUGCCCAGUUUUCGAAUGCACCUGAGAGCACAUGGGAUGGUAGCAAUGGUCUUUAAAACCUUGGAUGAUUCCCAGCACCAUCAGAAUCUGUCCCUCUGUACAGCUGCCCUCAUGUAUAUACUGAGUAGAGAUCGUUUGAACAUGGAUCUUGAUAGAGCUAGCUUAGAUCUAAUGAUUCGACUUUUGGAACUGGAACAAGAUGCUUCGUCAGCCAAGCUACUGAAUGAAAAAGACAUGAACAAAAUUAAAGAAAAAAUCCGAAGGCUCUGUGAAACUGUACACAACAAGCAUCUUGAUCUAGAAAAUAUAACGACUGGGCAUUUAGCUAUGGAGACAUUAUUAUCCCUUACUUCUAAACGAGCAGGAGACUGGUUUAAAGAAGAACUCCGGCUUUUGGGUGGUCUGGAUCAUAUUGUAGAUAAAGUAAAAGAAUGUGUGGAUCAUUUAAGUAGAGAUGAGGAUGAAGAGAAACUGGUAGCCUCACUAUGGGGAGCAGAGAGAUGUUUACGAGUUUUAGAAAGUGUAACUGUGCAUAAUCCCGAAAAUCAAAGCUACUUGAUAGCAUAUAAAGAUUCCCAACUGAUUGUUUCAUCAGCUAAAGCAUUACAGCAUUGUGAAGAACUGAUUCAGCAGUACAACCGCGCUGAGGACAGCAUAUGCUUAGCUGACAGUAAGCCUCUGCCUCACCAGAAUGUAACUAACCAUGUAGGCAAAGCAGUGGAGGACUGCAUGAGGGCCAUCAUUGGGGUGUUGCUCAAUUUAACAAAUGAUAAUGAGUGGGGCAGCACCAAAACAGGAGAGCAGGACGGUCUCAUAGGCACAGCGCUGAACUGUGUGCUUCAGGUUCCAAAGUACCUACCUCAGGAGCAGAGAUUUGAUAUUCGAGUGCUGGGCUUAGGUCUGCUGAUAAAUCUAGUGGAGUAUAGUGCUCGGAAUCGGCACUGUCUUGUCAACAUGGAAACAUCGUGUUCUUUUGAUUCUUCCAUCUGUAGUGGAGAAGGGGGUGAUAGUUUAAGGAUAGCUGGACAAGUUCAUGCUGUCCAGGCUUUAGUGCAGCUAUUCCUUGAGCGAGAGCGGGCAGCCCAGCUAGCAGAAAGUAAAACAGAUGAGUUGAUCAAAGAUGCUCCCACCACUCAGCAUGAUAAGAGUGGAGAGUGGCAAGAAACAAGUGGAGAAAUACAGUGGGUGUCAACUGAAAAGACUGAUGGUACAGAAGAGAAACAUAAGAAGGAGGAGGAGGAUGAAGAACUUGACCUCAAUAAAGCCCUUCAGCAUGCCGGCAAACACAUGGAGGAUUGCAUUGUGGCCUCCUACACAGCACUACUUCUUGGGUGUCUCUGCCAGGAAAGUCCAAUCAAUGUAACCACUGUGCGGGAAUAUCUGCCAGAAGGAGACUUUUCAAUAAUGACAGAGAUGCUCAAAAAAUUUUUGAGCUUUAUGAAUCUCACUUGUGCUGUUGGAACAACCGGCCAGAAAUCUAUCUCUAGAGUGAUUGAAUAUUUGGAACAUUGCUAGCUGCUUUACCUUUGCUUCAGGUGCUCAGUAAUGCUGGAGCUAUCUUUAGACAAAGAAAAGUCAAGUCAUGAAAGAAGUCCUUGAAGAUAUACCAAGAACAUUCAUCAGUAUCAUUCGUGUUUGGAUUUUUAAGGCCACCUGAUUUCUUCGUCAUGCAUUCGGCAUUUGCUAAAUGACAGUUACUACAUCAAUCUGCAACUAUCAAAAAUGAGGGAAAAGGUUCAGGCUGUUAACAAUUCCAUGCAGUAUUUAAACACAUUUACUUUGGCAGAGUUUAUACCCUCCCCUUGUUUUCUUGCUUUAUUCUGGGCAAGUUUGAAGGGGAAAAUUUGUGCUGCUGUUAGUGCAACUGCUGUGUAUGUUGAGCCACUGUUGUCAUGCCAGCCAGGUGCAAAGGCAGCUUAGCUACUGAGGUAGCGAAUGUUCUGAGGACAUUCUAGACAACAGCUUAGUUCCUUUUUCAGGCUCAUUUGCUUUUGCUUUUUUGUUGAAUGAUUCCAAUCGUAAAUAAAGCUUUUAAUAAUUUUGUGAAUUUUUUGGUUAUUGUUCCCUGAACUACUGUCUAUAUUUAAAAUUAGAUGGAAUCCAAAGAUACACGGGAUUAAUAGUAUAUUUUUUUAUUCUUGAUUAGGUUUGGGUUAUUGAACUAUUUUUUACUUUUGAGACCACAACCAUAUUCAAUAUCAUACCAUAAUGUGUCAUAGCUAUAGACACAAGAAAAACAACAGUUUGAGGGAAUAUUAUAUAAGAUGAUGUGCCCUGUUGAAGGAGGAGGCAAAAUAGUCAAACCCAGGGUAGUUUACACUUAAUGCUAGGGAGGCUCUUGAAACAUUAUUAGAUUUUGAGGAAAGACUCUCUAGAUAUAUUUUCUAAUGUUCAGUACAAUAAAUAUAAGGAAGCUAAAACACCAAUGUGGAAUUCAUGUUUCCAGAUAACAUGUAUAUUCUUCUAUAGAGUGACAGGAUCAAUUGCGUAAGCGCAAAGCCUUAAAUUGCUGGUUUAGAGAAGACCCUUUUUUCAUUCAGAUUCUUUGUUCAUAGAGCAGUUAUUUGAAAAACAGUUAUGGAACACAAAACAUUUUAUAGAUUUAAUAUCAUAACAUUGCAAAUUUUUCUUGUAUUAUUGUUCAGACCACUGGUUAUACUUUUUUUCCCCUUUUUUAUUGAUUGGGCCUAAAUACAGGCUUUCUAGAGAUCUUUUUCAUUAAUACUUUUAAAUACCUUUCAGGUAGUUACAUCAUGUUUCUUCAUUGGGUUUGUAAAACUUGAAGCCAUAAAAAUAUUAGUUUGGUGUGUAUUGGGGAAAAUAGCUAAAAGUCUAAUUUUUACCCAUUUAGACUUUGUUAUUUCCUUGUAUAAAGUGACAAAUCGGGGCUCUUGUAUCAGUGCCAGCUGUAAUGUUUUUAAAUGCAGUGGCUGCCUUCUAUUGUCUUCCUAUUUUUGAUAAUGCAGAUUGUUGGGAAAUCUAUAAGGAAGUAACUGAUUCCAGGCAAAUUGUUUUCUUCCUUCUACCCACCCCAACCCCUACCCAUCACCUUUUAAGAACAUAGUACGCCAGUGUAACGUGGGAACCAUUGAGAUUGUGUUUGCCCUGAGUAUUAAAGCUAGCUUAGCAAAAUACUUUUUAAAAACAUAUUGGUAAAUGAUACCCAUAAAAUUAAAUUAGUUAUAUUUUAUUUUAAAAUGCAAAAUACAUUGAUAUUUAUUAAUCAUUGGAUUUAGGGAAAGGGACAGAUUUUUUGCGAACCUGACUUGUGGCAGAUGGUAAGGAAUAUUAUAAAACAUUUGGAUGAGAACAAUCAGGGCGAACUACAUUUUUCUGUUACACUGGUAAUCAUUUGAAAAUUGAUUUACCUCAGUGUUUAACAGUUUUUUGUUUUGUUUUGUUUUUUAAAUAAUAACUAAUUGUCAAGCACUGAUAGAGAUGCAGAUUUUGAUGGGGGGAGGUGGUGGGGGAGAUAAUCACUUCACCAACUGCAGUGCAUUUGUGUGUUUUUAACCCUCAGAGAACUCUGCAUUUUAGGGUACUUGAGGCUGACUUGCAAAUUAACAAAGUUUUAAAGUAACCUUUUUUCCAUUGUAAAUAUUUCUGUAAAUACUACCAAUUGGAAAUUAGAACAGUAGAGUACUUUUCUGAAUCCAAUCCUAUUUUUAUUUUAUACAGUAUUUCUCAGCUGUGAUCUUUGGAGCAAAAGCCAACGGCAGGAAAAAAUAGUUUGUACCAGUUUCAUGAAGUAUGUCUUUGGGUUUUUGUAAAUAAUUUUAACUCAAAUAAAAUUGCUACUUUCAAUACA